UCGUAAGCUCUUGCUCUUGACCUUAACAUCCCUACAUCUGAGAUGCCCUACAGAUUAUCCGCCACUCUGAAGGCUCAUACUUCCGAUGUACGCGCCGUGAACUCCCCCACAAACGAUAUGAUCUUGUCAGCAUCGCGAGAUUCGACAGCGAUCUCGUGGCAGAAGUCUCCUUCGCACCCUAAGUUCACGCCUGAAGCGGUCAUUCGCGCUAGUACACGAUACGUCAAUGCAGUGGCUUAUAUUUCCCCGACGCCGGACGCCCCAAAAGGCUAUGUGGUAACAGGUGGCCAGGAUGCUAUCGUCAAUGUCUUUUCUCUGUCCUCGCCAAAGGAAGACCCAGAUUUUUCGCUUCUGGGUCAUUCAGAGAACGUUUGUGCGUUGGAUGUUACGCCCGGCGGUACGAUAGUAUCUGGUUCUUGGGAUCGUACCGCUCGAGUUUGGAAGAACUUUAAUUUGGCGUAUGAACUGAAAGGACAUGAGCUGUCUGUAUGGGCAGUUUUGGCAGUAGACGAAGAACAGAUUUUGACUGGAUCUGCGGACAAAACAAUCAAACUCUGGAACCAACAUAAGUUGAUCUCAACAUUCAGAGGCCACCAGGACGCUGUCCGUGGAUUAGCGCUGAUACCAGAUUUGGGUUUUGCGUCUUGCUCAAAUGACAGUGAAAUACGGGUUUGGACACUUGGCGGCGAUCUCAUAUAUUCACUCUCAGGGCAUACAUCUUUCGUAUAUAGCCUGUCCAUUCUUCCGUCUGGUGGUAUAGUGUCCGGAGGGGAAGAUCGUUCGGUUCGAGUUUGGAAAGACGGAGAAUGCUCCCAGGUUCUCGUUCACCCAGCUAUAUCCGUGUGGUCGGUUUCUACGAUGCCCAAUGGCGACAUCGUAAGCGGCUGUAGCGAUGGGGUCGUUCGUGUGUUCACUGAAGUUGAAGAUCGCUGGGCAUCUCCCGAAGACUUAAAGGCUUAUGAUGAUAUGGUUGCCAGUCAAGCCCUUCCAUCCCAGCAGGUUGGCGACAUAAAAAAGAGUGAUCUAGCUGGCACAGAAGCCCUCAAUGCGCCAGGGAAGAAACCAGGGGAUACGAAAAUGAUCAGAAAUGGUGACAUUGUGGAGGUUUACCAGUGGGAUGCGGAUAAUACUACUUGGCAGCGGGUUGGAGAGGUCGUUGAUGCCGUUGGGCAGGGUAGAAAACAAUUAUAUCAGGGCAAAGAAUAUGACUAUGUCUUUGACGUGGACAUUCAAGAUGGUGUUCCUCCUUUGAAAUUGCCGUACAACGUUACAGAAAAUCCUUUCACCGCUGCCCAAAGAUUCCUUCAGACCAAUGAUCUUCCGCUCUCUUACAUCGACCAAGUUGUCAAUUUUAUCGAGAAAAACACCGCCGGCGUCAAGCUUGGAUCAAAUGAAGAGUAUGUGGACCCCUUUACAGGUGCCUCAAGAUAUCGAAGUGGCGGCAAUUCAGUACAGACUACAAAUUUAGGACCUUCAACUUACGUGGAUCCAUACACAGGUGCCUCAAGGUACAGUGGUAACUCUGCAGCACCUUCCGCAGUACCUCCGGCAUCUUCUGAGUAUAUGGAUCCUUUUACUGGUGCCUCUCGAUAUUCUGGCGCUCCUCCGUCUAAGCCUCCUACCUCGGCGUCUCCAAAGCGAAUUCCGAUGGCUGCGUGGACCCUCUACAAGCCCGCCAAUGUCCCUUUAAUGAGACAAAAAACGUUCGAAGUCGAUGGAAGGUUACGGGACGAAAUAUCUACGUCCUCACUUGCUAUGUAUCCUCAAGAGCUUGCGUCCCUUGAAGAAACUUUUGCUUAUCUGACACAUAUCACCGAUCCCAAAUUAUCAAACUCGAAUCUCCCAACUCCUACCGCCUCAAAUGUAGACGCCAUCAUCCAAAUUAUUCAACGAUGGCCCUCAGCGGCGCUCUACCCAGUCUUCGAUCUUAGUCGUCUUGUUGCAGCAUUUUGUCCUGGCGCCUUUGACACUCCCGCCCUGAAGAGUCGCUUCAUACAAGCUCUCACUACUGCAGGGGAAUGGUCUUCGCCAUGGAAUCUGCCUCUACAAAAAUCAAGAGAGAUUAAUCUAACAUUGGUUUUGAAGGCAUUAGCGAAUAUGUUCCAGGAGGGCACAAAGCUGGACGAGCCCUGGGUUAACGAAGUUCUCUCUGCUUUGAGCCUGUUACCAUAUGAAGUAUUAUCGAAGGUCCAACGUACCUGCCUAGCCACUAUUCUCUUCAACAUAUCCUGCACGCAACAUAGCUCACCACUUGACACACUCCAGCGUCAGCGCGUUUUUGAACUUGCUUUACAGAUCUUGAAGAAUGAAAGGGCAGAUUCAGAGACAGUUUAUCGUACGCUGUUCGCGGUAGGAAACGCUUUGUACACUAUGAAAUCUAGUGGAAACCUAUUGAAGCCGAGUCAGAACCAAGUUCUGGACGAAACUCUGCCUUCUAUUUCUCAAACCUUUGGAAGUGAGGCUCGUGUUCAAGACCUCAUCGGUGAAGUCGCCAGCUUGUUGUGAAAUUUUGACAAUGUAUGUUUCCACAUUGUGCAUAUCCAUAGAUAUCCAUUCCAAAAUUUCCGAAUUCUCCAUCACUCUUGGAUUCUUCCUUGGGCUUUGGUUGCUUGCAUGAGGGGCAUAUCCAGAUACAUAGGGCGCUUUCCCUGACAUUAGACUUUGAUGAAUAUA